AUGAUCCCAACUCCUCCAAGCAGAGGUGGCGAUGGUGGCGUCCAAAGGGGCGACAACGACUUGAUUCUCGCAUCUCCAAUCGUCAACAGUUUCGCUGGUGAAGAAGAUGAAUCUGUUUCCACUGGUGCAAGCAAUAUUGCUACUGACAUCUCCACCCUCUCGGAAGAUCUCGAACAUGAUACCGUGUCAGCAGUUGACAGUUCUUCCCAAUACACUUGGACAACACUCAGAGACCAAGCAGUCGAUUUUUACAACAUGGUUUGUAAGAGAAUAUCAGAAAAUCGAGUGUCAUUGGAUGAAUUCAGACAACUCUUUCAAGAGCAAAAAGAAUUCUUUAAUGAAGAUUUUCAAGUUUGGCCUCCAUCAAAACCCAUCAUUCUUCAUGUGGUUCUUUGUGGAAGAUUGGACUUGUUAAGAUAUUUAUUGGAAGACUGUGGUUAUUCAAGCACAGUAUUGGGAAAAAACGGUUUCAAUGUGUUGCAUUAUGCUUGUUAUUAUGGUCUUUAUGACAUUGUCAAAUACUUGUUGUACGACUUGGAUUUGUACAUGUUGAGUAAUGAUUUAAAUGCAUUCGGAGAAACACCAAUCGAUGCAUUAAGAUCUUCUCCAUACGUUGCCAAUGAGCAAGUUCGACAUGAAUGUUUGAAGUUGUUUGAACGUUUGGAGGAAGAGAAAUCAAAAAAGGAAUUAGAAGAAAAACAAAUUGAUGAAGAAUUGACUCAAAUCUUGUUGGAGAGUACAUUGAACGAAGAAAGAAACUUUGACUCAAACAUGGAUAAUGGAGAAACCACACAUGAAGAGAAUGAAGAAGAGGAACAAGAACAUUCAAGAACAGACCUCAACGAGUAA